AUGAAGGACACACUCCGGAAAUCGAAAUCUUCCAAAACCGACUCGUCGAAUGACUUCGAUGUCAAUUCAACGAUAACGUCUCAAUCCUCGGAGUCCCACUCUCUCAAUCCAUGGGCAAGUGAAACAUCUUCUGCUGUAAAUGGUGGGGAACCCAUAUCACGCCAGGUCUCAAAGGUAUCGAAAAGCCCUGCCACUAGUUCACCAGAUAGAGCAGUGGGUUCUCAGUCUCAGAGUCCGCCACCUUCGGCAUCAAGACUUGAAGUGCCAGCGGAAAAUGGUACCUCAGCCGACGAUCCUACGAAGCCUACACGCAGACGGAAGACCAUCACUAAAACUCCGCAUACUUUCGAGCUGGCUGCUGAUCUGAACCCGGUCAAACCAAAGGAUCCUCCAUCUCCCGAGCCACAGAGGCAGGAAGCUCCGCCCGUAGCAUCUCCUGCUCCGAAAAAGAAGAAGCGCGUCUCUCAGAUCGCUCCGCCUAACGGAAGCCAAAUGAGUCCUGUUGCUGUGAACUCCGUGCCAGCCAUAUAUCAAAGUUCUCCGCCCACCUCACCCAAGCCUGUGACUACUACUCCCUCAACUCCGAAACAGACUACGAAUGCCAUUGCACCGAGUCCUUCACCCGUAUCACCGAAACAAAAUGCUGCUCCUGUGUUCCAAGCACCUCCAACUUCCCCUAGUCAGCCAACAACGACGGUGGCGCCAGUCAAUCCGUUCACAGCAACCCGAACGAAAAAAUCUCUAUCGACAUCAUCGCCAUUGACAGCGUCUAAUCCGUGCCGUUUCACUCCACCAGCCCUUCCGAAAGAAGAUUUUCACGGCAAAGUCAUCGUAGUUACCAACGGUGCUUCUCUAGUGGGACAGUCCCUGAUACGGCAACUUCACCAGGCGGGAUGCCGCGUUAUAUUCGGUGACACCAGUACUGACCAGUCACGGAGGUUCAUCAGUUCCCUUGGACCUCCGCAUGUUGUUCACUUCAAUAAAUGCAACAUGAGUCGAUACUCCGACAUGCUGGAAUUGUUCAAGUUGGCCACCACAAUGUAUGGCCAUGUUGAUCAUGCCAUUUAUAAUGUGGGUGACGAUGGAGGUCAAGCAUCUACCGUCGGCGAAGGCGAGAAAGGUUGGUUCGAUGACCGGACAGGUAUCAAUAAAACCUCGCGGAUGGGGUUGAGUGAAGUUGAACGCGAACCUUACGACAUAGGAGAUGUCCUCGCUGCAAGUGUUCGCUUUACACGUAUUGCGCUUGCCUAUCUCAAAUACUCCCCAAAGUCGAAACCAAGCAAGAAAACGCCAAUCAACCCAUAUUCUACACCUCAACCAGAGCCGAGAUCUAAUGCAGCAAAAGACGACCGAAGCUUGACUUUUGUUACAAGCAUCGCCGCCUUCAAAGAGACACCACUGCUACCGAUUUACCAGGUCACCCAGCAUUCAAUAUUGGGACUGCUGCGAAGUUUGCGGUCCACUAUCGAUCCCGAUCCAGAACGUGAUGGGGUACGAAUAAAUGCGGUCGCUACAAAUAUCAUGGUACCUCGUGCCGUCGCACAAUCAGGAGGCCGCAUGUCGGUGCAGCUACCCCCCGAUAGGCCUGAAGACGUUGCGCGGGUGGUGGCAGGAGUCAUAGCGACGAAUUCAUCAACACCUGGGAUCAGCGAGUCUGCAACGGGCAUUACCAAUGGUGGUGGAAUCUGGUACGAGAAAGGAUUUGAACGAGGAGUGAGAGAGAAAUUCCUCCAUGGAAGGCUCAUCUAUACCGUUGGUGGAGAGGGAUGGGACAUUCAAGAAGGUCUGGAUCGUAGUGAGAGUGUUUGGGUGGGAGGAAAGAGUAGUGAAGCACUUGCGAAAGGCAUGACUGGCUUGGGUCUUGCUGCCAAAAUUGCUGGAUCGGAGAGUACUUGGAUCUUGGACAUGGCAUAA